GUUUGACGGAGAAAGGCCGAUCACGUUUUUCAAUUCCCAAGGAAACGCCAAGCCAAUAGUCUCCGCCGCGUUCUCCGAGAGACAUUGUCAUGUACACCUAUCUUUGAUCUUCGAGUGUUGCCGUAUCUCGAAUAUUGAAGAUGGGUGUUGAUCUGGAAUCUCUAUCAGAGGCAACUUCAGGGGCCAUAGGAUCCCUCUUGAGCACAACCAUCUUGUACCCACUUGAUACUUGUAAGACCAGGUACCAAGCCGACGUUGGAGCUCAUGGCCAGCAAAAAUACAGGAACCUCCUGGAUGUCUUUCAGGAAGCAAUAUCUACCCGUCAGGUUCUUUCGUUAUACCAAGGCCUAGGUACAAAAAACCUGCAAUCCUUCAUUGCACAGUUUGUCUACUUUUAUGGUUACAGCUACUUCAAAAGACUAUAUUUGGAAAGGAGUGGUGCCAAAAGAAUUGGAACAAAAGCAAACUUAGUUCUUGCUGCUGCUGCUGGAGCUUGCACUGCUCUUGUUACACAGCCCCUGGAUACAGCUUCCUCUCGGAUGCAGACAAGUGCCUUUGGGAAAUCCAAAGGGCUCUGGAAGACCCUUACAGAGGGUACUUGGAGUGACGCAUUUGAUGGCCUUGGCACCUCUCUUCUGCUUACCUCAAACCCUGCAAUUCAGUAUACAGUAUUUGAUCAAUUGAAACAAAGACUCCUGAAGGGAAAUGGGAAUAAAGCAGGGAAUAGUUCAUCCCCAGAAGCCCUUUCUGCCUUCUCGGCGUUUCUGUUAGGUGCAAUUUCGAAGAGCAUUGCCACAUUUAUGACAUAUCCUGCUAUCAGGUGUAAGGUCAUGAUCCAAGCUGCGGACUCAGAUGAUGAUGGAACUAAGAAAGGUCAGCGAAAAUCCAAAAAAACAUUGCCGGGAGUCGUUUAUGCUAUAUGGAGAAGUGAAGGAGUGCCAGGCUUUUUCAAAGGAUUGCAUGCUCAGAUCUUGAAGACCGUUCUGAGCUCAGCUCUGCUUUUGAUGAUCAAGGAGAAAAUUUCCGCAACUACUUGGGUUCUUAUACUUGCAAUCAGAAGGUAUCUGUUGCUCACAAGGGGCAGAUUAAAAAGUGCUUGAUGGUAAUAUAUGACUAGAAUUUACCUGAAAUCUUGUGUAGAUAGUGUAAGUUUUUAUUUGUUUUUGUUGGAACACAUGUAUCUCAUAGAGCUGGGCCUAAUUUCCCGGAUAAGAAACCUCUUGUUUUUUGUGACAAAGGAUGAUGGAAGACAUGCCAAUCCUUUGUAGAGCAAAUUUCAAUUAAGAGAAAUAAUGUAGUGUGCGGAAAUACUUUUCUGCAAAUAAAGGUUAUAAAUUUUUCUUCUA